CUGCUGUGCAUCUUACAAUAAACUUUCUUGUUUUACAAUAAAUUGGUUGUGGAUCAUUAGCCUGAGGUUCCCAAAUCUCAGUUUUGAGGAGGCCCCCCGAGGGGAGCCAUGGGCCUGGGGGGCCCCGGGGGCACCCUCCUCGCCCUCCUGCUGCUGGCGGCCUCCGGGGCCUUGGGCCUGAAGGCCUGGGCCUCCCCUGAGGUGGUGAUCCCAAGGUGGAUGGCGCCCCGUGGAGGUGGAGCCGAGGAGCUGGCCUUGCUGCUGGAGGUGGCGGGACGAGGCCUGGUGCUGCGGCUGAGGCGGAAGGAGAGGGGCUUCCUCCGCAGGCCCUUCCCAGUCCUCAGCCAGGGCUCCAAUGGGGAGCCGCAGGUGGACUACCCGCCAUCCCUCCGGGAGGAGUGCUUCUUCCAGGGCUGGGCCGACGGCCACCCCGCCUCCCUGGCCGCCCUCAGCACCUGCGCCGAAGGCGGGGGCCUCCGGGGCCUGCUCCAGGUCGCCGCAGGGGAGGCCUACGAGAUCCGGCCCCUCCAGGGCUCCCCCACCUUCCAGCACCUGCUCUUCCGUCUAGAGGGCCAGGGCGGCGGCGGAGGGACCGGCAGCUGUGGGCUGGAUUCUGGCCAGGAGCAGGAGGGCCACCCGGGAAGUGAGCCUGUGGCCCAAACCACAAAGAACGCAGCGCAUAAGGAUGCUCUGUGGAGGGAGCCCACCAGGUACAUCAAGGUGGCCAUUGUGAUGGAGCACCAGCGCUUCCUCCAGUUCGGGGGGAACGCCACGCUGGCGGCCAGGCAAGUGCUGGAGGCCAUCCAUAUUGCAGACUGCUUCUACAGGCCCCUCGGGAUCCGCCUGCACCUCGUUGGGCUGGAGAUAUGGUCCCAGAGGAACCUCAUUGCCCUUCCAGAGAGCCUGAGCAAGCUACUCGACGCUUUCAACACAUGGAGGAGGACGGUGCUCACUCAGCGGCUGAGGCACGACGUCGGCCACUUCUUCGUCUACAAGCGUUUCGGGACAAAGCUCGGGACAUCAUUCGUAGGAGCGGCAUGUGAUCCCGGCUGGGCAUCCUCCGUCGAGGCAUUUGUUACUUCCAGUUUGUUCUCUUUCGCCGUCACUUUUGCUCAUCAGUUGGGACACAGCCUCGGCAUGCGAGACGACGAGAAGGGCUGCGUUUGCAACCAGCAUUCUUGCAUCAUGGCUCCCAUACAAAGCUACACAAGUAGCUUCAGCAACUGCAGCUACAAGAGCUAUUUCCACCUAAUCAGCAGCGGAAGUAAACAAUGUCUCUUGGUCCCUCCGGAACACGAGAAAUUAUACGAACGUGAAAACUGUGGGAAUAAAGUGGUAGAAAGUGGAGAACAGUGUGACUGCGGUUCACAAUUUCAUUGCAAAUCCGACACUUGUUGCCAAUCGAAUUGUAUGUUGCGGUCAGGGGCCACGUGUGCUUUUGGAAAGUGUUGUGCCAACUGCCAGUUUCUUCCGGCUGGAACAGUUUGUAGGGAAAGAACUAACAUCUGUGAUCUUCCUGAGUACUGCACUGGGGUUACAGAAUGGUGUCCCGAAGAAGUUUAUGUACAAGAUGGAGCCCCAUGCCAUGAUGGUGCCUACUGCUAUCAUGGAAAAUGCUCUACUCACAAUGAACAAUGCCAAAUGAUCUUUGGUAAACGGGCAGCAGUUGCCCCUCUAAGUUGCUUCAAAGAAAUUAAUACUCAAGGUGACCGUUUUGGGAAUUGUGGCAUUGCUGGUAACAUUUAUAAGAAAUGUGACAAAAGUGGUGUGUUAUGUGGGAAGAUCCAGUGCAUAAACAUUGAUGAAGUGCCUCAUUUUGAUGAGGGAAGCACCAUAAUUCAGACUUCUGUUGAUAACAACUUGUGCUGGGGUGCAAAUGACCCAAAUGAUACUGGAGAGGUAAAAGACGGCACCCAGUGUGGCCAUGGCAUGAUAUGCAUUAAUAGGGAUUGUAUCAAAGUGUCUCUCUUGAACUAUGAUUGUAAUCAGACAAAGUGCCACAACAGAGGAGUAUGCAAUUCUCAUAAAAAUUGUCAUUGUAAUUACGGCUGGGCUCCACCAAAUUGUCUCAAAGAAGGCUAUGGUGGCAGCAUUGAUAGUGGACCCCCUCCACCCAACAGUGGCCAUGUUGGGAUGACUAGAAGCACUGUAAUAGUUGUUUUUGCUGCUUCUGCUCUUCUUAUUGCUGGAGUUGGCAUUUUGUAAGAAAUGUACUGAUGGGAUUAUUGGAAUUACUAUAGUUCACUCAGACGUCUUAGAUGACAAACUCCAGUAAGUUCUCAUUUGAGGGCAACCCCCGAAGUGCCUAAUCAGAAAUUGCAAAUACUUAUAAAAUAAUGAGCAUAUACAAAUUGUACUGUACUAUAGUGUAAAUAAUGCAUUUUGUAAAUAAAAGUGGCUGCGUAAUCAUUUUUUUAAAAAAAGGUUCCCAAUUGACCUGGCUGAGUGGCUAAAUGGCAAAGAUGUGGGUGCUGACAAGUUGACCCAAGACAAGCCAAAGGGGGAGAAAUAGAGCUUUAGGGGGGCAGACUGUCAGAACCAGUGAAGAUCAAGUAUAAUAUUAGACAUAUCCAAUUAUUUAAUAUUCACUUCAUGUAUUCAGCUCAUAUAUAAUCAUUGUUGUAUGUUUAAUAUAUAUAUUGAUCUAGAUAGUUCUGUGUGUUGAGACAUUGCAUAGUGUUGGGGGCUGGGAAAGUAAGGUGGAAUAUGAAGGGUGAGGUUUGGCUUGUGGAUGGGGCCCUGCUCAGGGGUUUGGAAUGUGGGAUAGAAGGUAAUGGUUCUUCAAUGGUAAGGGGGCUGGUUGCCGUGGUGAUGGAGUCCUGGGUGGG